UUCCUUCAUACGUCCCAUCCUCUUCUUUCAUCUUUCUCCGCCCUGGAAUCACUUAGUUGCUAAUAAUUUCAGAUUACUCCGGUGCCGGUAUCUUCGCCGACGGGAUGACUAAUGCUAAUAUCUCCAGAGCUUUUUCUGCUCGAUUCUCUCUUUGACUGAGUUUUUUUUUUUUGUUGUCUUUUACCGUUUGGCGACCGGCGAACGGCGGCGUUUCUGGCCGGAAACGGAAGAGACGAAGCUCUAGUUAACUAUCUACUUGUACUUUUUUUCUUCGUUUGAUUGUGUUUCUGGUUUUUUUUGUUAAACCUUGUCCAUUCAAAUUGUUAGUGCGAUUUGUUGUUUUAGUCGUUUGGUGGUUUCUGAUUACGAUUGAUUUAUACUGUUCGAUCAAACACGGUGAUCGAUGCUUGAAUGUUGAAUUGGAUCGACUGCGAAGGCGCGUGGUAGAGAAAACUUAUUAGAAUUUAGGAUUGGGAACUUCGGAGAGAGAUUAAGAGAAGAUGUUUGAUCUUAAUCUCAAUGUCGACUCGGUUGAUGCGACUCAUAAGGAGGACUCCGUCGUGUUCUUUGAGAAGCUUCCUCAAGGCUCGGGGAACCAUGUGGAUGAAUCAGGAACUUCCAAUUCUUCGAUUGUCAAUGCGGAUACCUCUAGCAAUGGCGGCGAUGACGACUCGUGCUCCACACGCGCUGGUGGCGAGCUCUUCACGCUCAACUUCGAAAUAUUGAAGGCUGGAAGCACGAACGAUAUGGUCACUAAGGAGUUUUUUCCGUUAGGUGGAGCGGUGAAUGCUGAAUUCGGGAUUCCUCAGGGGCAUAAAUCGGCCUCUUCUUCGUCAUCUUCUUCGAGGAAGAACUGGAUCGACCUUGCGUGCAAUCGAAGCAGUUCAGCAGGGGAGGGGAGAACGGUUCAGCCAGUUCAGCCUCAGCCGGUGAAAAAGAGCAGGAGGGGUCCAAGGUCUCGUAGUUCGCAGUACAGAGGCGUCACAUUCUACCGGAGGACUGGGCGGUGGGAAUCUCAUAUUUGGGACUGCGGGAAGCAAGUCUAUCUCGGUGGAUUCGACACGGCACACUCUGCAGCAAGAGCAUAUGAUCGAGCUGCUAUCAAGUUCAGGGGGGUAGACGCUGAUAUUAAUUUCAAUGUUAGCGAUUAUGAGGAAGACCUGAAACUGAUGGAGAACUUAAGCAAGGAAGAGUUUGUUCACAUACUUCGUCGCCAGAGCACUGGUUUCUCAAGGGGGAGCUCAAAAUAUAGAGGGGUAACACUGCACAAAUGUGGCCGAUGGGAAGCUAGAAUGGGGCAGCUCCUUGGGAAAAAGUAUAUAUAUCUUGGGCUGUUCGACAGCGAGGUCGAAGCUGCAAGGGCUUAUGACAAGGCAGCAAUCAAAUGUAAUGGGAGGGAGGCAGUAACCAACUUUGAGCCUAGCACAUACGAAGGAGAGGGAGUUUCUGAGGGCAGCAGUGAAGGUGGUCGGAGUAUGCUUGAUUUGAAUUUAGGGAUUUCACCCCCUUCCAACUGUCCAAACGAGGAUGAUGGGCAUCUGCGAUUCCAAUCUGGUCCUUGCUUUCCUAAUGAUAGGAGCACAAAGAUGGAGAGCAAUGCCCGUGCAGCAGUUGGCGAUCCACCUGUGAAUGGACUGGCAAUGACAUCAGAGCAUGCUCCCUUAUGGAACGGUACACAAUCUAGCUUCUUCCCCAGUGAGGAAAGCAUGACAGAGAAGAGACUUGCAUUAGGUUCAUCCCAAGGAGUCCCUAACUGGGCAUGGCAAAUCCAUGGCCCGAUUAAUGCCGCCCAAAUGCCACUGUUCUCUACUGCAGCAUCAUCAGGAUUCUCAUUUUCAGCUACCCAUUUCCCGGCUGCCAUGCCUCCACCUCACCAACCGAGCUCGAUCGCCCAAAAUAUCCAUUUCAAUUCUGCCAAAGCCUCCCUCAACCCCCCCCAGUAUCACCACCUGUUGAACCAACAACAUGCACCGCCAUAAUCCUUAUUCUUCUAUAUUAGAGGGUGACCAUAAGUGAGAUAUGCUUAAUUGGUUAUCUUCAUUUCAUUUGUAUGCUUUUAAGUAAUGAUUAAUUUGCACUUCUAUGGCUUGAUUUCUGACUUAAUAGCUCAUUACAAAAUACUAUGUUUCACAUUUCUGUACCUUUCAAACAUGCUUAUAUAAUACGUACUCCUGCAUUCACUA